UACCUACCUGACGCACACGCGGGGGCAGGAGGCAACCCACACGGAGCUGGAUAGUGUAGGGGUGGGGCGGGGGAGAAAGUAGUGGUCGAAGAGGUGGUAGAGGAGGGAGGAAAUGCCUCCGAAAAGCAGUAAUCCAGGGCCCGGUGAUCCGCUGUUGGCCAGACAGAAGCAUCACCACAGGAAGGCGUUUGAAUAUAUUUCCAAGGCGCUCAAGAUUGACGAGGAGAAUGAAGGAAAUAAGGAGGCUGCCAUGGACCUCUAUCGCAGGGGCAUCGCGGAGCUGGAGUCUGGCAUCGCGGUGGAGUGUGUGGGGCGCGGGGAGGCGUACGAGAGGGCACAGAGGCUGCAGGAGAAGAUGAAGACAAAUUUACUGAUGGCGAGGGAAAGACUGGAUAUGCUGGAGUCCGUGGUCCAUCUACAUCGUCUGGAGUUGGACACCCCUCCCAUCACCCUCACCUCCUUCACCCCCCCUGCCUCCCCCUCCUCUCGCAAAACCCACUCCCCCCGCCGGGCCAUAGUGGGGACCCGGGGGGGGCUGCCGUCGGCCCCCACCCACCGGCCCCGCGCUAAGGUGGCCCCUCAGGUGAUGGGGGAGGAGGUUGGGGGGCGCCUUGACCGACGGCACCAAGCUAAGCCUCUGGAAGACUCCAGAACCUACAAGAAGAUUCCAACUACCCGCCGCAUCAAUGCUCUUAGUACUAAAAGCCAUACGCUGCCUCGGAACAUGGGCGCCACCACCAACAAGGGCGCCACAGUGGUCAAGGGCCGCGCUGGGGACUCCAAGCACCCCAGUACCCCACCAGCACUCAGACGUCAAGGCUCCACAGGCCAGAAUGGCACCUCGUCCCCCAGCAGUUCCUCUCCCCUCAGACGCCGGGGCUCCGCUGGAUCGGGGCUGGGGCAGAAUGGUUCCAACGGCACUCCUAAGCACGUGCCGGGCCACCGCCGCUCUGCCUCAGCCUCCCUCAAGGGAGUGGACACUCGGCUAGCCCACAGCAUCAUGGAUGAGAUCAUUGAGUCUUCGUCGCCGGUGUCCUGGGAUGAUAUAGCAGGCCAAGAGAUAGCUAAGAAGGCGCUGCAGGAGAUUGUCAUCCUGCCUGCACUGAGGCCAGAGCUCUUCACUGGCCUGCGUGCUCCUGCGAGGGGUCUGCUGCUCUUUGGGCCUCCUGGCAACGGCAAAACUAUGCUGGCCCGGGCAGUGGCUAGUGAGAGCUCUGCCACCUUCUUCAACAUCAGCGCCUCAAGUCUCACCAGCAAGUAUGUGGGUGAGGGGGAGAAGUUAGUCAAGGCACUCUUCUCUGUCGCCCGUGAGCUUCAGCCUGCCAUCAUCUUCAUUGAUGAGAUAGACUCCCUGCUGUGUGAGCGGCGGGAGGGGGAGCACGAGGCCUCACGCAGACUCAAGACGGAGUUUCUGGUUGAGUUUGAUGGUCUGAAGUCUGAGGCCGAGGAGAAGAUACUCAUCAUGGGAGCCACUAAUCGGCCACAGGAGUUGGAUGAUGCUGCAUUAAGACGGUUCAGCAAGCGUGUGUACGUGUCGCUGCCCAACAAGACGACCCGCACUGUGCUGCUGAACAAACUGUUGUCCAAGCAGAAGUCUGAACUCAGCACCAAGGACCUCGACUCUUUGGCAACACUGACCGAGGGAUACUCCGGCUCAGACCUGACUGCCCUGGCCAAGGAUGCUGCCCUCGCCCCCAUCAGAGAGCUGCGGCCAGAUGAGGUUGUGUCCUGUGAUCCCUCGGAGGUCCGCGGCAUCACGCUUUCGGAUUUCAAAGAGUCCCUCAAGAAGAUCCGUCGGUCGGUCCCACAAGCGUCCCUCGCCUCUUAUGAAAAAUGGAACGCAGACUAUGGAGACAUAUCCUCGUAGACACACGCACAGUUGCACACCCACGUACCCACACACACACACGUACAUGAACACACAUAGUCAUGGAUAAUACUAGAGUAAUGUAUAUUCACUUCCAUUUUGUUUAGUGUCUUCCUGCAGUGCUAAGUCCUGGUGUGCAAGGAAUCUUUAGAUUAUCAGGUUUUGUAAGCAGAUUAUAACAAGAUAAGUGGACUUGGGAAUGAAGAAAAUGCUAAACCAAAAUGUUAAGUACUCGGGUGUGCUAAGAAUCUAUAAAUCAUCAGGUUUUGUGAGGAGAUUAUAAGCAGAUCAAUAGACUUAGGAUUGAAGAAAGUGCUAAACCCAUUGGAAGUGAGGACAUGUUACUUGAGUGUCAGCUGUGACUACACCAACGCAAAGCCAAAGAAUGUCACCAGCCAGUCAUAUGUUUUCUUUGUAGCUUCUGUCCACCUCUCAGUAUGCAUGGUGAUCCACAUACCCUCUCCACCUCUCCAUGUGUGGAUUUUCUUUGCCCUCACCUCCCUGUAUGUUGUGGUGAUAGCUUCCUCUCUCCACCUCUCCGUAUCUUAUGAAAUGCUGUUUACUUUCUCUCUCCAUCUCAGUAUACGUGGUGAUCCACAUACCUGCUCCACCUUCCUUCAUGUGUGGAUUUUCUUUCCCAGUAUGUUGUGGUGGUUUUAGUUUCCUCUCUCUACCUCUGUGUACCUUAUGAAGUGCUGUUUACUCUCUCAACCUCUGUAUAAAUGGGUGGGUGUCUUUUAUCUCUAAAAUUUUCCAUCUGGUGGUGUUUACAUUCUCUCUCUCUCUCUCCACUUUGGACAUGGCAUUUGUCACUUUUAUUAACUACACUCCUUGAGGCCUCAUCUGUUUUCUGAUCUUAUAGUGAUGCCAUAGCAGGACUUGAGUUAGGCCAGGUUUACUACUCAGUACCUCUUGUGCAGUCUGGUUCUUCCUCCUUAGAGUUUGUGAAGGACUGAGCUACUCUACUUCUGAUCUACUCUAGUGAUUCUGUAACAGGACCCAAGUUUGGCCAGAUCUCCUCGGUAUCUCUUGUGCACUCUAGUUUCUCCAAAGAGUGUUUGAUACUUUUUAUUCCCUUCAGAAGAGUUAAUUAUCUCUUAUCUCUAUGACAUUAUUAAUUUUGAUCAAACUCCUUCCCUUUUAUGAAAAGAUUUUGUGGUAGAAGCUUCCUGAGAUUAAUUCCUCGGUACUGUCUUGCUUCUAGAUGACGACGAAUACUAGGAAUCUUUCUUAUACUAGACUCAUUCUUAGGGUCUUGCUCUUGCAGGGGUCAGACAUUGUAAACAUAUACUGAGAACUGUCCAUUCCUUUUAGCUUCGGGAUGAGACUGACCAUGGCACACUCUCAACACAGGGCUUUGAUGCCACACUGUCAGCACCUCUCUGACCUUCAAGGCUUCAUAGGGAUCUUAAGAUUACAGAGAGGAGAAGAUGAAGCCUGUAAAUUUAUUAGAAGAGAGCAUUAUGUCAGAGAGGAAGAGAAAUGGAAGUUUUUGUAUAAAUGAAGCAAGAACAAGAGAAAGGGAAGAAAAUAUAGAGUCUUUAGGCUUAGUAGAAAAGGGUAUUUUGUCAGAGAGAGAGAGAGAGAGAGAGAGAGAGAGAGAGAGAGAGAGAGAGAGAGAGAGAGAGAGAGAGAGAGAGAGAGAGAGAGAGAGAGAGAGAGAGAGAGAGAGAGAGAGAGAGAGAGAGAGAGAACCCCAAGAGUCGAUGGAAAGAGCUCUAGUCACACCUAUGGCUUGUAGUUUUAGUUCAGCAUCCACGCGGUAGAUGGCAGUUUUUACCGUGCUUUGGACUGGUGAAUUACUUUGGUCCACACUACCCUGCUUCACACUGAGUCCUCACAUUGGCCGACACAACCCCGCUUCUCUGCCUCACACGGAGUCCUCGCUUUGUACAUUUUUCCUUUAUUUAUUCUUCACUGGUUCAUACUGCUACUGAUCUUCAAUGUCAGUUCUUAACGUAAACUUUUUAGCCUCACGUAAAUUGCUGACUUGUAUUUAUCUGUUGUUUUUUCUCCUAAAUAACAUUGAGUUUCUGUUUCCCACUUGCCUUUCUUGUCAGCUUUCAGUUUAAUCUUUCUUUAGCAUCAUUGAACUUUCCUUGGGUUUUACCUUAUACUACACUGAGUUUUAAGCUGUUUUCUGCUUUUCCUGCAACUUCCCUUCCCCACACUCAUCAGUUUAAGCUUUUUUUUGCUCACCCUAAUACCCAAUACAAAUUCAAACAAACAGACUUUUAGAUGCGGCGUACAGUUUUUGACACUCUGAAAAUGUCCUGCAACGUUUGUGAUGGAAACAAACUGAAGACAUUCUGUGAUUUCCAUGUACAGCGUCUUUUUCCAUGUUAUCUUUGUGUUUCUCUGCUGUGAAGGCAUGUAUGAAGUGAUUGAUGUCUUUGUGAAGUCACUGGAAUGCAGAUAUGGCAGCUUGGUACCGAGUUAGCAUCAAGAGGCAUUACCAAGGUCACUGCUGCCCUUAUAAGGUUAGCAAGAGGUCACAGUCAUUGGUUUUAAGAUGGUAUACACAAGGAUAUGUUAGGUUAGGUCACUGUCAUCUGUAUCAGGUGUUAGCCAGUUAGAGAAGGUCUGGAGAGGUCACAGUCACAGCAUCAGUGUUAGAUUAUCUCUGUGACACUCAAUAAGGGCACUGUUUGUGUGUUGAGUCACUGAGAAACUGUCACAGCUGCAGUAUCCCAAUGUUAGUGUACCGGUGGAAAUGUCCUGUCACAGCAUCUGUUUAGUCUUUAUUUAUUGUUCCUGUAUAGCAGACCAUUAUGAGUGUGUGUGUGUGUGUGUGUGUGUGUGUGUGUGUGUGUGUGUGUGUGUGUGUGUGUGUGCGCCAUUAAAAAGGUCGUGGCAGUGUUCCUUUAUUCUCUGAUUUUUCAAAGUUUUAUUUACCAAUAUGCAAUCAUUACUUGUCCCUGGAGAUUAUUAAGAGAAUGUGUGUGUGUGUGUGUGUGUGUGUGUGUGUGUGUGUGUGUGUGUGUGUGUGUGUGUGUGUGUGUGUGUGUGUGUGUGUGUGUGUGAGUAGAGAGAGCAAAGAAAAAUAUGUUAGGGUGAGAUUUGGGGUGUCAUAGCCUGUAAAAAGGUGUUUAGAGGCUUAAAAUUCUGUUUUAUGGAGUGUUUUGGGUAGAGAUGUGUUUGUAUGUGUAUGUAUGUAUGUGUGUGAAAGAGAAGGAAUCCAUCCAUGCACACAGCCAAGCCAUAGGAUCCUGCCAGGUGCAUUGGAGUCAGUAGGAUCAAAGACUAUGUUACAAACUCUGCGACGACUUGCAGCUCCUCACCGGGCGCCAACUCUCGCUCACUGGACACAACGACACAGCAACCGAGCUCAAAAGACACACGUUUGCCGCACCAUGGGAUUCGAUUCCUUCCAGACAGCCACACCGUAGUCCCUGUCAAUUAGUGGUCUGUGUAGUGUGUAGCGUAGCAUCCCAGAGCUCAUAGAAACACAGGUGUCAAUGUUGCAGCUUUUGUAUGCGUGUAAGAAUUUUGUACCCUCAGAAAUAAUGUGUGAUGUUUUAUGUCUGCUAUGCUCUCCCAGUGAUGUUAGUUGCCAUUGUUAUUAUUAUUAUUAUUAUUAUUAUUAUUAUUAUUAUUAUUAUUAUUAUUAUUAUUAUUAUUAUUAUUAUUAUCAUUAUUAUUAACUCACUAAUAACGACAGCCCUAUAUGACUAACCCCAUGUUACUUUAAAAAAAUAGCAGAAUCAAGUGUGUUUCCAGCUAUUCCAAAUAUGUUUUCAGUGUUCUUUCAUAGUGUUCUGUGUUCUGUAUGGCAGCAGUACCAGUGGCAGUAAAUAUAUGAGGGUGUUGCUUCCACACACACCCACCAGAUCACCCGUAUCUCAUGCCUCUGUGUGGCAGACGGCAGCACAGUGCAGUAUACCAUCUGGCUUCAUGUGAUUGUGGUGUCAUGUGUUGGAGGGCUUGCUCAGACCAGUCACAGUCACUAAAUUCGAGUUAUAAUCCGAGCACAUUUUUCAGCGCAGGAUGCCUCAGUUGUGCAGCUGUGGUGGGAAGUAAUGUCACAGAUCCCAGUAUAAUUCACCUGAUAGCAGUGUGUAGGGUGACUGAAAUGAACAGGGAAACAUGAUAGUGACCCGUGCAUGAAAGUUACUGAAAAUUGUGACUUUAUUUCCCACCAGAGUAUUAACUUUCCGCCAUUCAUUUUAUGUCCCGUGUACUCAGAGUUCCUUUGGUGCUGUUAUCUCUCAUGAUAUUACUCUGCUUCAUGCCUGUGAUGUGUGUUUGGUUCAGCCAUUUGGAGCACACUUAGGCAAGCCACUGAAAGCACAUAGCGUAACAUUGCACUGGCUUCACUAGUCCAGGAAGCCGGCCAGCUAGUCAGUGGGCAGCCAGGGUACACCACAGAACAGUACACUCACAGGAUGUACAGGAAACAGUCCCUCCAUUUCCCACAUCUGCACCGCCUUGCCACGAAUGAGUCUGCGGAAAACUACGUAGUGUUAAAUUUUGUAUCGCAUUGUUGGUGAGGUUUAGGAAGCAUUUGUAGCCCCAUAGAUUGUUCCUGAGAGGCGCUAGGGAGGAGUACAGAUGGCUUGCAUAGAGUAACACAUUGCAAACGGUAGCUCUCAGAUGACUCGCCUCCAUGUAUUGUCCAGUCCAGAGUAUUUCGUAAGGUUUUUAUGACACUGUUUAGCUUUCCUUUAUACUUAUCCUUAUCUUUGUUGCUCCCACUCUUGUCUUCAUCCUGUCAAGUCGCACAAGAGGUGUCUGGUUUGUAUAAGACUAACAUUUUUUAUAUCAAUUUUCUAUGAUAUUUAAGCUUUUAUAAUCUUGAUUUUGUUUCCUGGAUAUUCACUGUUCAAGAGGUGUUUGUUCAUGAAGGUUUAGUUAAGAAAUGUGAAGUUGUUAUGAUCUUGAUCUUGUUUCCUCGGAUCCACAGCGUUCAAGAGGUGUUUGUCCAUGAAGGUUUAGUUGAGUAACGUGAAGUGUUGGGAACAAGGACUCGUCUUAAUAAGUCCAGAAUAGUGGGAGUGUUUUGUUCUCUAAAUGUGAUGAAAACUGUACAUUUAAUUUGUGCUCUAACCAUUUUGAUAACUUUCAUAUAUUUGUACACCAGUUGAUUCUUAUUUCUACCUUAUUUCUGGGGGGGUUGCAGUCAUUGAAAAUAUCCGUAACAUGUACAUUCUUUUGCUGUAUGUGGUUGUGUUCUUAUUUUGAAUACUUUUACUUGUUCUAUGGCUGAAGUUUUCAUUGAUUUUUUAUUUUUUGUUUUAUUUAUUUUAUUUUUUUCUUUUAAGUAAUAUUUGUGCUUGCCCCUCAAACUGAUUCUUAACCAUGAUUCUCUAUGCUCAGCUCAUGGUUUGGUGUAAGUGUGUGUGUCAUUUGUAUUAUUUGUAUUAUUUUGUGAAGUUUUAAGGAUUUUAUUUAACUUUUUUUUUUCUUGUGUACAUUAAAGUCUAUUUGUUA